UUUCCAUCGUUUCGUUAUCUUCUCCCUCUUAUUCUAACCCUAGCUAGCUGGGCAUAACUCUAUCUCAUUCUCUACCUCUUACUCUUUUUUUUUUUUUUUACAUUCACCACACUUUUUCGAUUCUUCUCCAAACCCUAAUUUCACUCUACCUCAUUUUAUAUUUUCCGGUUUUCCCCAAUUCUCAGAUCUCAAACUGCUUCUGAUUUAAUCUUUUGUUAAAUCAGGUUAACAUUUCAAUAAUCAGAACUACCGUUUCACGUUUUUUUCUUCCAAUUUUUUUCAUUUUAGAGAUUGAUUGAAGUCGAUUGCGUCACUAUUUUGAUUUGAACCGACAAUUGAAACCGUUAGCUUAAGCGUGCUAAGUCUUCGAAUUUCAGUGUAUUAAUCAACGAAAGCGGUUUUUGUUGUUUGUUAACAAUGGUUGGGGGUGGAAACCGAAGGGACGAUGGUUCGUUGGUAAUUAGCAACACGAACGUUUUUGCGGCGCUUGAUACUCUGAAGAAGAAGAAGAAAUCGGAUAAGGAACGGAAGAGUAAGGGUUCAUCCAAUUCCAAAUCGGUGAAAUUGGAAUCUGAAUCGGAAUCUCAGGUGUUUUGGGCUCCGGCACCAUUGAAUGCGACUUCGUGGGCCGAUGUGGAUGACGAUGAUGAUUAUUAUGCCACCACUGCACCGCCUCAAGCUGUUUGGAGUGUUUCCGAUUCUCAAAACAAUAAGGACAAACAAGAGAUUUUUGAGGACACUGAGAGUGAGGAAGAUAUUUUAGAUGACGGUGAUGAGGAUGUGGAGGAAGAACAAGACCAUGAACCAGAACCAGAGGACUCUGUUGAACCCGAACCUGAAGUUAAGAUGCAUGCUGAAGUUCCUGUGGCACCAAAGGAGGCAGAACGACAGCUCUCCAAAAAGGAAAGGAAGAAAAAGGAGCUUGAAGAGCUUGAGGCUCUCUUAGCUGAUUUUGGAGUCACACAGAAAGAAAGUAGUAAUGGUCAAGGUCAAGAUGAGUCGCAAGGUGCAGCUCAGGAUAAAAAAGAUACUGAAGCGGAUGUAAAUGGCGAAAAGAAAGAAAUCACUACCGAGUCCAAGAAUGCCAAGAAGAAGAAAAAGAAGGAUAAAGCUUCCAAGGAGGUUAAAGAAUCUAACGGCCAGCCAAACAGCUCAGAAACAAACAAUGGGGCUGAUUUGGCCACGGGCACUGAAAAUGCAGAGGAGGAUCAAUCUGUUGUUGAUGUGAAAGAGCGUCUUAAGAAAGUUGCUUCUAUGAAGAAGAAGAAAUCCAGUAAAGAAAUGGAUGGUGCUGCUAAAGCUGCUGCUCAAGAGGCGGCUGCAAGGAACGCAAGGCUUGCUGCAGCAAAGAAAAAGGAGAAGAACCACUAUAACCAACAACCUGUGCGGUAAAAGAAUCUUACUCUCCUUAACAUCAAUACAGGAAUUUGUAUUCCUUGUUCAUACGAUGAUGCCGAAUAAAAGUUGGCUUUUAAGACUCUCGUGACUACUACUAGUCUUGUUCAAGUGGACCUGAGAUAUUGUCUUAAGCUUUUUUGGAUGUGUGCUGUUUAAUUUUGAUGAACUGACAUUUUGGCACAAAAUUUUAGCUUUAAAAAUUACAUGAACUACUUUUUUGUAUACUGGGGUUCUUAUGGCCUUGUUGCGGCUUAAUUAGUUCGGACUGAGAGAAGUUGAAGUUUACUCUUGAAUGUGAUGUGUUGCUGCCUGCUUACA